AUGGUAGACCCGCGCGACCAGAAGCCUGGCGAUAUCAACGCUGAGACUGUCGAAGCCAUUGGCGCGGCCGACUAUGAGGCCGUCAAAGGCAAGGACAAGGCAGCCCUCCUCCUUAAGGAAGCUGGCCACUCCGUCAUUGUGACACCAGCGGACAACUCGCGCAUCUUGCGUUCCAUCGACCUACAUAUCCUUCCCAUCAUACUCGUCAUUUACUGCUUGCAAUCACUCGACAAGACCGCCUUGAGCUAUGCCUCCGUCUUCGGCAUCAUCCAGGACACCCACCUCGUCGGCCUGGAAUACAGCUGGACGGGUGCCAUCGUGUAUGUUGCCCAGCUCAUCUGGCAGCCACUUAUUGCUCUCGCCCUGGUAAAGCUUCCGCUUGGAAAGUUCAUCGGUGUCAUGGUGCUCUGCUGGGGCAUCACGCUGUGCGGCAUGGUUGGCAGCAAGAACUUUGGCGGUCUGAUGGCUUCACGGUUCGUCCUCGGAUCGUUCGAGGCGUCUGUCGCACCCACAUUCAUCGCAUUGGUACAAAUGUGGUAUCGGAGAAACGAGCAGACCAAUCGCAACGCCGCUUGGUACUCUAUGUUGGGGAUAGUCAACAUCUUCGGCAGCCUUCUUAGCUGGGGCCUUGCCCACAUUGAUUCCCACACACUCCGCCCAUGGCAGAUCAUCUUCCUCUUUUGUGGCUGCCUGACCGCUGCGUUCUCGGUCAUCGUCCUCAUCUUCCUACCAGACUCUCCAAUGCAGGCACGCUUCCUUAAGGGUGACGACAAGCUUAUAGCUAUUGAGCGGCUUAGGAUGAAUCAAAUGGGUGUCUCAUCUGGUGUGUGGCGGUGGGAUCAUGUCUGGGAGUGCCUUACGGACGUCAAGACUUGGAUCUGGUUCUGCCUUCUGACCGCGGUCUCGAUCCCAUCCGGCGGCAUUACGACUUACGGCCCACUCAUUGUCAAGAGUUUCGGCUUCAGCUCGUUCAAAACGCUUCUUUUCAACAUGCCCUUUGGCGCCGUGCAGCUCGUCGUGACGCUUGGAGCCGCUUUCGGCGCAACCCGCUUCAAGUCCAAGUCGCUCAUGCUGGCCCUUCUCUGCAUUCCGCCCAUCAUCGGGCUGUCACUCAUGCUCAGCAUUCCGCGUACUAAGAACAACCGUGGCAUCCUACUCUUCGGCUACUACAUCACCUCGGUCUACCCGGCCAUCAGCCCGCUGAUCUACAGCUGGAGUGGCCAGAACACCGGUGGCGACACCAAGCGCAAGGUCACCACCGCCGUGCUUUUCAUAGGCGCGUCCGCGGGCAAUAUUAUCGGCCCUAACCUUUUCAAACCGAGCGAUGCGCCCUACUACCACCGCGGGCUUAGCGCUGACUUGGCGCUCUUCGUCGUCAUCAUUGUGCUUGUGGGCUUGGGGGUCAUCUGGGUUCGCAUUUUGAACCAGAAACAUGCGGCGGAGAGAGUUAGGCUAGGCAAGGCGGCGAAGGUUGUCGAUUUGAGUAUGGAGGAUAAGAAGGCGCUUGAGAAGCAUGACGAGGCUGUCAAUGACACGCAUCAGACUGGAGGCGUCGGUGAGAAGGGUUUUGAUGACUUGACUGACCUGAAGAAUGAGGACUUCAUCUACGUAUACUAA